AGAAGAACCAAAACCAAAGAUGGGGAAAAGAGGUUCCUCAUCAAUGGCCUCUUUGGCCAUUGCUGUUUUGGCAACAUUUCUCUCUUUAACUCUGCCUUCCAAUGCUAAUCAGUACCUCUAUUCUUCCCCACCUCCUCCACCACCCGUUUACAAGUCUCCACCACCUCCUCCUCCUUACAAAAAGCCUUACCACCCACCUUACCACUAUAAAUCACCACCACCACCUCUGCCGGUGUACAAAUACAAGUCUCCUCCUCCACCACCUCCAUACAAGAAACCGUAUCACCCACCUCAUCACCACAAAUCUCCACCUCCUCCUGUUUACAAGUAUAAAUCACCUCCACCACCACCACCGUACAAAAAGCCGUACCACCCACCAACACCCAUUUACAAGUAUAAGUCUCCACCGCCACCAGUUUACAAAUAUAAAUCUCCUCCUCCACCACCCUACAAGAAGCCAUACCACCCACCAACACCCAUUUACAAAUACAAAUCUCCACCACCACCGGUUUAUAAAUACAAGUCACCACCUCCACCACCACCCUACAAGAAGCCAUACCAUCCACCUACACCGGUUUACAAGUACAAGUCUCCACCACCACCCGUCUACAAAUACAAGUCACCACCUCCUCCACCAUCAUACAAGAAGCCAUACCACCCACCUACGCCCAUUUACAAGUACAAAUCUCCACCACCACCGGUAUACAAAUACAAAUCUCCCCCGCCACCACCACCAUACAAAAAACCAUAUCACCCACCAUACCACUACAAGUCUCCACCACCCCCACCACCCGUCUAUAAAUACAAAUCUCCUCCUCCGCCACCACCACACAAAAAACCAUACCACCCACCGUACCACUACAAGUCCCCACCACCCCCACCACCCAUCUAUAAAUACAAAUCUCCUCCUCCGCCACCACCAUACAAAAAGCCAUACCACCCACCGUAUCAUUACAAGUCCCCACCGCCCCCACCACCCGUCUACAAAUACAAGUCUCCUCCUCCACCACCACCGUACAGAAAACCAUACCACCCACCGUACCACUACAAAUCUCCACCACCUCCUCCUCCGGUCUAUAAAUACAAAUCUCCUCCACCACCACCACCUCACAAAAAACCAUACCACCCACCUUACCACUAUAAGUCUCCACCACCGCCGCCCCCCAUUAGACACUACCACCCACCCCCGACUCCGGUGAAGCCAUACCACCCACCUCCAGUCUACCACUACAAAUCUCCACCACCACCCGUCUACAUUUACGCAUCACCCCCACCUCCUCACUACUAGACAUUAACCCCAACAUAAAGGAAGCAAAAGGAGGAUGUCAGAAAAUAAAUGACACGUUCAUAAGAGCUUUAUGAUUUGGAACAGGAAAGCCUGAAGGGUUGCUGCUGCUGCAGUUUGAUAAGUGUUGAAAUUUCUCUUGUUUUUAGGCUUUGUCAUUUUCAUUUUACUUCUUUCCUUUUUUCUAUGUCUCUCUAAUUUAUUAGGUGUAAUGCACUACUGUAGUAACAUCUCAAACUAUAUAUUAUAAAAAAGACGUGCUUUGUAUAAUCAUAUAAAAUUUAUCAGUAUUUGUAUGAUGUAAUGUGCUGCUUCCUUUUCUUUCAUCGGCUAAUACAAAUGUUGCUCAUUUCCCAAUAAACAAAAGAGACUGCGUUUUCUUUUAA